AUGGCUACUCCCGAGGGGAUCGUGGAUGAAGAAGUUUACGGUCGGCCAUCCGAGGAUGAACUGGCCUUAUGGAAGAGAAAGAGAACCCAGAUACGGAAGCAGAUUACGACCACCCGCAACGAAAUUGACUCAAUCGUUGUCAGUCGGGGCUCCCGAGGCGCCACCAAGGGAUUGGUGGUUCAUCUCCAGCAGCUACACCGUGAAGCCUGUCAUCUACACACCGAAAUAAUGAGUUACGAAGAUGACGACGUCACAGAGAAUGACAAACAGAAUGCCAUCCAUCUCCGAUACAUCCAGCACUCAGGAGAGACAUACGACCGUGUUGAAAAAUAUCUGGAUUCUCGAUUGAGCGACCCAGUCUCAGAAAAUGGACCACCGGGACCAGAAGUUCCUACGGCAGUAGAGGCACGCCGAGUAGCUGAAGACCAAGUUCGGGCACAGAGAGCGGAGGAAUACGCCGCUGCACAAAAAAGGGUAGAUGAGACCCGAGCUGCAGCAGAAGAAACCGAUCGAGCCCUGAGCUUGUUACGUAUAGACGAGGAUGAUCAUCAUUCUUCAGCAAGUCAUUGUCGUCCCAUGCCGGUCAUCGACCCGGGUCCACCCGUCAUGCCCGCCACCCCGGCGUUCGGCCGUAAGAAGGGGACUAGUCUCCCUGCAUUGAGAACCGAACCCGUCGCUCCGGAUGACUGGAUCGACCAAUACAGUCUUGGCGAGCUACAACCGGUUAUUCAACCCAGUGGAUAUCGUUCAUCAGUAUCUGCCGAUCUAGAAGUCUUCGGAGGGAAUGCCCUCGACUGGUUUUCGUGGAUUGAUGUCUUUAAGGCACUCGUUCACGAUACACCAAAAUCCCCUGGGGAAAAGCUCGCGCUCUUGAAACGGUAUUCGCGCGGUGACUGCCUUGAUGUUAUCUACGGCCUAGGGGGAGGAGAAUCUGCGUAUGUAGAAGCCCUGGUGCGCCUUAAGCAGACCUUUGGUCGCCGAGACGUCAUGCGCGCCGCUCACAUUCAAGCUAUGGAGAAAAUCGAGCUGAAGCAAGACCCGUCGACGUUCAAGAGAUUCGCAGAGAGGAUUCGCACGCACUUCUUCGACCUCACCAGAAUAGGAGAGACUUCAGUGGCAGACUUAAUAGAAAGAGUUUGUCAAAGACUUUCACUGCAUGAUCGGUUAGCGUGGAACGAAGGCAAGUGGGGUCAGUUAGAGCAUCGUAGCCUUAAUGACUUCGGUAGCUGGCUUUGUCAUCGCGUCUCCUCUUAUCAGAAUGCACAUAGCAUCGCUGCAGAGCAGAUCGGUACGAACGCAAAAACAGUGAGUUUCAACCCAAGACGUCCCGCACGCACGCACCAGGGAACGACAGUCAACUGGGUUAGUAGGGAGUCGAAGACCCCCAACCAACCAUUCUGCUUCAGAUGCGAAAGGGACCACCGGUUGACGGAAUGCGACCAGUUCAAGGAACUUUCUAUUGGAGAGAGAGUGACCUUAUGUAUACGGCAUCAUCUCUGCUUCUGCUGUUUUAGUUUGAGACAUUCGGUUCAAGAUUGCCCGAUUAAGAAACCGUGUAAACAAAGGGAUUGUCGCUAUUCCCAUCAUGAACUACCUCAUGACUUUAACAAGUUGCCAAUCACGAGGGCGAAGCCAUCAUCAGCCCGAGCUGGUAGACAACGAGUUGAUCUAGGCAUGAUGCGGUUAGAAAUUCAAUCCACGGAUAAUAGAUCAUCAGUUCGUGUGAACGUUUUCGUAGAUGAAGGGAGCGACUCAACGCUGAUGACCAGUUCUUGUGCCUCAAAGCUACAACUACGCGGGGAGCCACAGAUAUUAGAAGUUGAUGGCGUCGGAGGUGAGAUUAGACAACAUACGUCGAAGAGAGUACGAUUUACGUUGUGGUCUGAGGCCGGUGAGCUACUUCCAAUGGAGGCAUCAACGAUGAAGAAAGUAGCGAACCCGGCACCAGUCGUCAACUGGUUUAAGAAAAAACUACGGUGGCCACACCUAGCAGACCUCCCGGUUCAUGAAGAAGGAGGAGAAAUUGACCUAUUGAUCGGCAUGGACUAUGCCCACCUGUUGGUAGUUCAAGAGUCCCGAGAAGAAUUUGGAACGGAAUUCCAGUCGGGUUGUCUCUCACCUGAUGACAAACGUGCCCUGGUGCUGGUGAAAGAACGCACCAACAAGUUAGGUGUUGGCUAUCAAGUUCCCAUUACCUGGCGAGAAGGAGAGCCAAACCUAAUUAACAAUCGGGAUAUGGCGAUGAACCGGUGGAGGAGUCUACUUCGCCGCUUUGAGCGUCAACCCGAUUUCGGAAAGGAUUACUGUUCGGCAAUGGCGAAAACAUUUGAACAAGGAUACGCGUCGGUGCUACAGGAUCCAUCGGAGGCCCAGUACUUCUUAGCCCAUCAUGGCGUAUACAAGGGGCCCAAGCUUCGAGUUGUGUUUUACGCUGCCGCCCCCUUCCGAGGGAAAUGCCUCAAUGAUUCCAUAAUAGCCGGUCCAGCUUUACAACCCUCACUGGCUUCGGUCGUCAUCCGUUUCCGAGCCCACGAAAUUGCCUGGGCCUCGGACGUAGAGGCCAUGUUUAGCCGUUUCAGAUUAGCUGCUGAAGACGCAAAUUAUUUUUGUUUCCUCUGCAGUAAGGAGAAAGCGGUCAACCCAGAUGUUUGUCGCAUGGAUCGGUUACUCUUUGGAGCGAGCUGUUCUCCAUUCGUAGCUAUCUAUGCCAUCCGCCGUAUCAUGGAAGAUGCAAAUGUACCUGAAGCCAUAGUCUAUGCCGUGCGAAACAGUAUGUACGUGGACGAUUAUCUUCAUUCUGCCCCUUCGGUCAUAAAAGCCGUUGGUGAAGUGACCGUCGUUCGUGACCUUUUACUUGCUGCCGACCUGAAGUUGCAGAGAUGA